AUGACCCUCACUUUAAAGAUGAAAUUGACGGAGCCAGCGCCGCGCCAGACCGUCACCACGAAGCUGAACCCGUUCGUCACCUCGGACCGCAGCAAGAACCGCAAACGCCACUUCAACGCCCCCUCGCACAUGCGCCGGAAGAUCAUGCCGCAGCCGCUGUCCAAGGAGCUGCGGCAGAAGUACAACGUGCGGUCCAUGCCCAUCCGCAAGGACGACGAGGUCCAGGUGGUUCGAGGGCACUACAAAGGCCAGCAAAUCGGAAAGGUGGUCCAGGUGUACAGGAAGAAAUACGUCAUCUACAUCGAGCGGGUGCAGCGGGAGAAGGCCAAUGGCACGACCGUCCACGUGGGCAUUCACCCCAGCAAGGUGGUCAUCACCAGGCUAAAACUGGACAAAGAUCGGAAAAAAAUUCUUGAACGCAAAGCCAAGUCUCGACAGGUUGGAAAAGAAAAAGGCAAAUACAAGGAAGAACUGAUCGAGAAAAUGCAGGAGUGA